CGUACGCGUGGGAUCGCCAUUCUCCAGGAAUCUUAUGAGCACGUACAAAAGUAUCAAGAAUAAAACAUAUACCCUUUCCUGACCUUUUCAAGCCACUGAAAAUGAGCACGAGACACAGAGAUUAAGUACGAGCCGAGAUUUCCUUCUUCACGUCGUCACUCACUGCAGCCACUCUUUCUCAAUGUCUCUCUCAAAGUCUUCAGAUCCCAUCAUAUAUCGUAGCUCUGAGCUCAAUGUUUUUCUUAUCGACAUACCGGGCUCUAUAUCUUCGGCACAAGGAUCAAACACUUGCCCAGCAAUUGAUUCAGUGCUCUCAUGCGCGCCAUUAGAGACGCCGUAUAUCAUUAAAAACGAGCCUAAAACUGCCAAGGCGAUAACGCAGAUGCAAGGUACUGCUUUCGAUGUGGAAAUACACAAAAUAUACAAGGCUUGUAUCAAGAACGCUCUUCAGGACAUUAAAGACCAUGUAGAAGGCGCUUGGUGUUUGCCAAGGAGAUCAUCUCCGUCAACCCAGCCGGUCUCAAGAGCUACCUCUGCUGGUCCUGAGAUAACAAUGGGAAACACUCCUGAUCACGACGAAGAUACAGCAUCCCGAAAUUGCCUCAAACCAGGCGCAUAUCAGCCACGCCAGUACCGUAGUGAUGCCGUUGAUGACUUCCUGUCCAGCCUGUGUGCAUUCAGCAAUACGCAACAUAUGGGUUUUCCUCCUACGAUGGAGACCAUGGUCUUACACCGAGGCAGAAACCGUGCGACUUCUCCGAUGAUUGCUGAAGAGCCAUGGGAGUCUCCAUUAUUCAAUGACAAGAAGAUUCCGAUCCAGCUCACGUUAAGAGAUCACGCAGGUUCGAGCGGAUCGCCUGAUCCAGUCUUCAAGUUUCGGAUCCCUCCAUUGUCAAAGCUGAUGCUAGAUGAUUUCAAUAAACCAGAUAGCCUUCGCGACUCGAUUCGAUUCCUCGGUCAGCAAUAUGAUCUUGCCCGGCAGUUUGAGCUCAUAAUCAUUGAUCCACCUUGGCCAAAUCGUUCCGCAAAGAGGAGGCAAUCUUAUUCUGUAGAGCCUUCAGUGAAGGGCGUUAAGCGUAAGCUUCUUAGUAUGGAUCUCGACACGAUCAUCGCACCAGAAGGUAUUGUUGCUAUAUGGAUCACCAACAAGGCUGCUGUCCGUCAUGUAGUGACGGGGGCUGGUGGUCUAUUUGAACGACUGAAUCUUGACUUUAAAGAGGAAUGGAUCUGGAUCAAAACAACUACGACUGGGGAGCCAGUCUUUGAUCUCAACAGCGUCAUGAAGAAGCCGUACGAGGUUCUUCUCAUCGGCCAAGCUUCACCAGCGCCGUCAAGCCCAGUCCCCGUCCAACGCGGACAUGAGGUGACAAGAAGAGUCAUUGCUGGUGUACCAGACCUUCACUCGCGGAAACCUUGCCUGAAGUCGAUCAUCGAGGCUCUGCUGCCACCAGGGAAAUCAGAGAACUAUGCUGCCUUGGAACUCUUCGCUCGGCAUCUCGUCGCUGGUUGGUGGUCAUUUGGCAACGAAGUUCUGAAGUUCAAUUGGGAAGGAUACUGGAAUCCUUCCAUCAGCCAUGACUGAAACUUUGUCAUAUUCUCCAGACACGUCAUGACACGCAUACAACACUCAUGACGUUAUGAACUGACACAUUAAACUUGGACCAGACGGUACGGCUCACACGCCUUGGGGCUGGGUCGCAGGAGUAUACUGG